AUGCGGUCUUUUCCUCAAGGUUAUAGAGAAACUGUUCUUCAGACACUGCCUCAGCUAACAACUCUAGAUGGAAGAAGCAUUUCUGGUGAACCAGUGGACCCGGCAGAAGAAAGCUGUUCAGAUUUGCAGUGUUUAGAAGACAUUCUGGGCUGUUUGGUUUCAUCUGGGUACCCCUCAUCUAGAGACCAGAACUGUGUUACCUUACCGGUGGAGACACCACAUAUUGACCAGGCAUUAGCUCAUUUUCGUCAACGUGCAAGAAUACCAGUACAAAGUGCCAUCAGCUCCUCUACAGAGUUUGUCUCCUCUUCAGAACCAGAGAAGGCAGAACUUGAUAAAAUAUACAGUGAGAUAAGAAUUAAAAAAAUAGAAGAUCAGAUUUCACAGAUACUGCAAAAGGUAUCUGAUACCUCAAGAAAGGAAGCUCCUCCAAAUGUUCUGAAAGCUAAGAGAGACAUAGAUCCAACUUCUGAGAGUGAAAAUGAGAGUGGGAAGGAGAACAAAAGAAAGGUUGUGAAAAGAAGCAAGAUCCCUACUUACUGUAAAACUACCUUGCCCACUAGGUGUCAUGUGAAUCAUCCUAAGAACAAAAUAACUGACAGGGAAGAGAAGAGUUCCUCAAAGGGUCCACGCUCCAAUCAGAGAGACUGUCAUAUCAAUUCAUCAUCAGAUGCUCAAGACUUGGAAGUAGUGGGAAGAAGAGCUGAAAUAUUGACUGUAAGACAGAGCAAUAUAGAAAAAGUAGAAGAAAUUAAUUCAAAUGCCACAGAGGAAUCAACAUACCGGGCGCUGAUUCAAGAACUGGAUCAGGAGAAAGAAAAGAGGUGGAAAGCAGAGCAAGCAGAGAAGAAAUUAAUAGAGCAUGUCAGAGAGCUCCAGAAAUAUGCAAAAGAAGAAAAAAAUAUUCAGACUAUGGCUGUAUAUACUACGGACAGGUUAAAGGAAUUGAUACUGAAAGAGAGAGAUGCUAAAACAAGACUGCAAGCAGAUGUCCAGCAGUUGAAAGGUGAAACUGAAAGACUUACUAAUGAGUUAAAUCAGGCAAGAAAGAAAGAAGCAGAAAGUCAGAAGGCCAUGCAAGCUUUAGAAGAAACACUAUCCAAGAUGGAGACACAGAGACUGCAGCAACGAACAAUAGAGAUGAAAAAGGUGCAAGAAGCAGAGCUUAAAGCAUCAGCAAAUGAAAGAGAAGUACAGUUACUUCGAAUAUCCUUUCGACAACAGAGGGAGAAGGUAAAACAACUACAUGAGCUUCUUAUACUAAGAGAGCAAGAGCAAAGGAAAGAACUUGAAACCCGAGUUGCUUUAAAUGGACCUGAAUUUCAAGAUGCUUUGUCAAAAGAAGUGGCUAAAGAGGAACAGAGACAUGAACAGCGUGUUAAAGAAUUUCAGGAGAAAAUUAGUGUGUUAAACCAAAAGUACAGAGAGUUAGAAGAUGAAUUUCGUUUAGCUUUAACUAUUGAAGCCAAAAGGUUUAAAGAGGUAAAAGACAGUUUUGAAAGUGUUUCUGCUGAUCUAGUUGAACAUAAACAAGCAGUCUUUGAGUUUGAACAAAAGGAAAAAGAGAUGUCAAGUCUGAUCCAAGACCUGACAAGUAUAGUGAAAGAACAGAAAGUAAAGAUUGCAGAAUUAACAAAAUCAAAUGAAGAAGCUAUGGCAAAUCUAAAGUGUCGAACUGGAGAACUUGAAGCUGCGAUUGAGCAGGAUAAACAGAAGGCUGUUCAAGUUGAACUUCUGAAAAAGGAAAAUGGAAAACUUAUUUCUCAGCUGACAGCCCAGGAAUCUGUGAUUGAUGGCUUAAAAAUGGAAAGAAAACUAUGGGGGCAGGAGUUGGCACAACAGGGAGCUCAUCUUGCUCAAGAUCGGGGAAAACUGGAGGCAAAAAUUGAAGUUUUAACGAAUGAGAUUGAGAUGUUAAGAAAGCAAAAGGAACAGGACAGUGAUACUAUAAGAAUAAAAAACAAAAUAGUGGAUGAUCAGACAGAAACAAUUAGGAGAUUAAAAGAAGGCUUACAAGAAAAAGAUAAACAAAUCAGAAAACAGCAUGAAGAAAAUCUGAAAUCUCAAAAAUAUUUUCAAGUACAGUUGGAUGAAAAAGCUGCUGAAGUUGAAGAAUUAAUGGAAAAAAUAGAAAGGCAAAAUGAAAGAAAAGAGGAAUUAAAGCAACUGCUAGAAGAAAAAGAAGUAGAACUUGAUGAUGUUAAGAACGCACACAGUGCACUGAAAAAGAAGUGGCAAGGUAAGGGAGAACUUUUAAGCCAGCUGGAGGUACAGGUUAAACAAAUGAAGGAGAGCUUCGAUAUCAAAGAGAAGAAGCUGAUUGAAGACAGAAAUAAAAGUCUUCAAACUCAGAGGAUUGCCGUGGAAAAGCUUCAUGAAAUGGAUAACGCUUUUAGAAAACAACUUGAGUCAAUGUUGGCAGCUCAUCAAGAAGAACUAUUGCAGCUGGCAAAUGAAAAGGAAAAACAGAUUGAAGCAGCAAAUGAAAAAGUUUACUCUGUUGAAGAAGAAAUGCGGCAGCUUCUGCAGGAAACUGCAAACAAUAAAAAAGCCAUGGAAAAUAAAUUAAGAAGACUUACACAUGCACUGAAUGAUAUUCAACAAGAUCUUUGA